CGUGACACAGCCACGGCGCCUGUCGAAAUGCAAGACAACACGACGAACGGAACAACGCCGCUCCAGAUUACACUCAACACAGUUCGGGAUAAGGUUGGGGGGGGUGGGUUGCCACAAAGUCGCAGGGAGUAGUUCGCGCGCACAUUCUGCCCAAGGUGUAUUCCAAUCGCCCUAUGGAGAUGCUCGCUUCCCGGAUUCAAUUCGGCAGACUGAAUACGUUCUGGUUGUUCACCCUACUUUAGGAACGUCACUCUUUCAAUGGGUUGAAUGACCACUUAUAAGCCUCUCCUCGGACUAAGCUUAACACAGGUCUCCCCUCCCUAUCCCCCCCCAACCCAGCUCCGGUUCCCGCAAUGCUUCCCUUUGCGCUCGGUUGGCUGGUCACCUUGUUCCUCUGGGAUAGUAGCCUCCUCAUCGGUGUCGUGGCACUUCCACAUGCCUCCCGUUCUUCGAGUCAUCUUCGCAAACGAUGGUAUCACGACCAAGAUCAUCCUGUUCACGCUUUGUUCAAAAGGCAAGAUCCGAAUUCUUAUCCCCCGGUUGGCUCUUCAGAAUGGAAGUCCUCCUUUCCGGACCCUUCCAAUUUCCCACCGCGAACUCUCCCAAAAGCCUGGACAGACGCUCUGAACGCAUCCAUCGCAGCUGGGAAGAUCCCUCAUAUACCUAUAUCUACGUUAACCGGGGGAGGAUCGAUAACGUACCCCAGUGGUAGUGGCAGUCCCACUGGUCCAACCAUCUGUUCAGCGUACUAUGAAUGCCGUGCAAAGGGUGAUUUAUGGGAUGCGCCAACUGGACAACAACAACCCGUCACGCACUUUUUCAUUGGGGGCAACAUUUAUCUCAAUUGGAAGAUCUUCCUUCAAGCGUUCCAGGAUAACCAGGAUGAUAUCGCUGUCCAUACGUAUACCCACCCACACAUGUCAACACUGUCGAAUGAGCGGGUCCUGGCAGAACUGGGGUACACAAUGCAGAUUAUACACGACUCGACGGGUGGCCGGGUACCGAGGUUCUGGAGGCCCCCUUACGGAGAUUGCGAUAACAGAGUGAGGGCAAUUGCACGUGAGAUAUUUGGUCUCACGACCGUAGUAUGGAAUCACGACACAUCAGAUUGGCAGCUCACAGAUGGCACUAUCUCCUACACCCAAGUCCAGAACAGUCUAAAAUCGUUCUAUAGUUCCCCCAAAUCGCCAGGAUUGGUCAUCUUGGAACAUGAGCUCUCGGCUCUAUCCGUUCAGGCGUUCAUCUGGUCUUGGCCGCUUAUAGGGAAGAAUGGAUGGACGCCUGUCACGAUCGCUGACGCUGCAGGGACGGAUUGGUCCAACGUAUGGCAUGUCAAGGUGAUUUAA